AUGGCAAACAAUGUUGCCAAACUUGUCCCUCCCCGAGCCGCCCCGCCCCGCCCCUCCAUUCCCCACCUCUGCUCCGCCCCUCCAUUCCCCAUUCCCCACCCCGCUACCCUAGCGCCGCCCCUCCUCUGCUCCACCCCGCACCUCCCUGCUCCGCGCCGCCCCGCUCCCACUCCCUCCCCUCCUCCGUGCCGCCCCGCCACGCCGCUGCGCCGCCGCGCUGCGCCGCCCUCCAUUGACGGCGGCUACAUCGACUACAUCGACGAGGACGGCGGCUACAUCGACUACAUCAACGACGGCGGCGGCUACAUCAACUACAUCGACGGCGACGGCGGCUACAUCGACUACAUCAACGACGAAGGCGGCUACAUCGACGACGGCGCGAUCGACGACGACCACCGCUGCAUCGUCAACAUCAUCUCCCCCUAG